ACCUUGUCCUGUAGACGGGAACCAGGGAAGGAGCCCAGACGUGGCAACACAUUCCCAGAUCCCUGCAGGACAGCCAUGGCUUAUGAUGACUCCAAGAAAAAAGAAGACAGUGACCAAAUAGAUGAUGUGGGACUAGCAGCUGGCAGAGCCCAACGAGAGAAGAAACGUUCCUAUAAGGAUCUACUUCGGGAAGAGGAGGAGAUAGCUGCUCAGGUCAGGAAGAAUGCAAAAAAUAGACUGAAGGACAGCAACGUCUUCUUGCUGGGGACAGAGUCAGAUAAGAAGAGGAAGCAUUCCUCUAGCAAACAUUGUUACAGAGACUUUUGUCCUUUUGAGCUUUCCCUGCCUUUGGAAACAUCAUCAAAGAGUAGGAACAAAGUAAUUUUGAGUCCACUCUCUGCUGACACUGCCAUGGAUUUGCUUAAAGCCAUCAGCACACCUUUAGCCACAGGCUCCAAAUCAUCUAAAAGGACAUUGGAAAAAUCAUCUCAUUCUUCAUUCAGUGCUCCUGGUUAUUCAGAGGGUAAGAAGGAACAUCACAAGAAAAAGCUGAGUGGAAGCAGUGAUCCACCCUUGGAUGACGGUACUUUCCACAAAUCCAAAAAAAUUAAACCCCCAUAUGUAAACACGGAAAUGCUGACCUUACGUGAGCCUGAUGGCUUAAAAAUGAAGCUAAUCCUCUCACCAAAAGAGAAAGGGGGAAGCAUAACAGAUGAUCCCUUUCCACAUUCUGGAGCUACAAAAAAGGCCUCUAAGAAGUCUAUUCGGGAUGAACAAAGCUCGCUGCUCCCAAGCCAUGAUACACACGCCUUCCUGAAAUCAUCCCGUAAGAAGCACAAGCCACCUUCAGAUCCACAUCCCCUUCCUGCUGCUGAGGGCUUUAGCCCAGAUACAUCCCUCUUCCCAGAAGGCCAAAGCAGUGACUUUGAGCUUUCAAGCUUGGAACCACAAAUGGAAUCCGGAUCUUCAUCUGGAGGUGAGUUGGAAGCUGGAGAACUAGUCAUUGAUGAUUCAUAUCGGGAGAUAAAAAAGAAAAAGAAAUCGAAGAAGAGUAAAAAGAAGAAGGACAAGGAGAAACACAAGGAGAAAAAACACUCUAAAUUGAAGAAGAGUGCUGGACUCUCUUCAUCACCAGCAGCAGCAGAAAUAACACAACUGCCUGUUUCUCCAACCAACAUCCAGUUUGCUGUACCUGCCCCUCCUCCUCCCCCACCGCCACCACCUGUUUUCUAUACAGAUGGCCAGAAUGAGAAAAAGAAGAAGAAAGAAGAAAAAGACAAGAUUGAGAAAAUAGAAAAAGAUAAGCCAAAGAAGAAAAAUAUGUCUGCCUACCAAGUAUUCUGUAAGGAAUAUCGUGUGAACAUUGUGGCUGAGCAUCCAGGAAUAGAUUUUGGUGAGCUGAGCAAAAAGCUAGCAGAGGUUUGGAAACAGCUUCCAGAGAAAGAUAAGCUGGUUUGGAAGCAGAAAGCUCAGUAUCUGCAACAUAAGCAGAAUAAAGCAGAGGCUACGACAGUGAAGAGGAAGGCCACCUCAUCAGAAGGUGCCCCAAAAUUGAAAGCUUCUCUAACAAGUGUGCCUUCACCCCAUAAAAAGUCCCCAACCAGCACUGUGGUAUUAUCCUCUUCACCAGUGAAGGUUCCUGAGACAGAUCCCAUUGAUGUAGCUGCACAUCUGCAAUUACUGGGAGAAUCUCUGAGUCUUAUUGGCCACAGGCUGCAGGAGACUGAAGGAAUGGUAGCUGUAUCAGGAAGUUUAUCAGUACUCCUGGAUUCAAUUAUCUGUGCCCUAGGCCCUUUGACAUGCCUAACAUCCCAGUUACCUGAGCUAAAUGGUUGCCCCAAACAUGUUUUGUCAAACACAUUAGAUAAUAUUGCCUACAUAAUGCCUGGACUCUGACAGAAAAGGGAGUGUGGAAAGUAAUCUACUACCAUGCAACUGGUGUGUGUACAUAUAUAUUGUAUUCUUCAAGACUCAACCUACAGAAUUUUAAACAUUUUUGUCAAUAAUUGUUUAACCUGAUUUUAUGAAAAGUCCUGAACUUAAUUUGCAAGAAUUGGAGGAUGUUUUCUUAAGUCUGUGUGUUUCUAUAUAACUAGAGUUUAGCAAUCUUUUGAUAUAUGAGCCUUAAUAUGAAAGAAAAAAAUGGAAUUGUUUUAAUUAGAAAUGUCAAACAAUUUGGGGCAAACAAGUGCCAUGGACCCAGUACCACUAAUAUUUUAGAUAUAAAAUAAUACUUCUCUGAGUGGAAACAGUUUGGAGAAGAAAUAAUUUGCAUGUUGUUAAAAGUAAUGCUGGGAAAAAUGUUUUUUUGUCUUUCCCUAAAGAAAUGUUCUGACAUUAGGACUUAUUAAAUGUUCCAUUCAUUGAUUGGCAGGGCUAAUACAGAUUUGGGAGUGAAUGAAAUCAAAAUUAAAAAUGGCUACAAAUUUCAGAGUGAAUGAAAUCAAAAUUAAAAAUGGCUACUUCUUUAAUGUGACUGCUUAAAGCAGCUCUAUUUUUCCCCAGACACAAUUGCUUUAAUAAGUAGCAGAGAGGUGCUAAUUCAUGUUCAUUCAAGUUCUGAAUCAAUUCUUCCAAAUCGUUUUCAAAACAUGUAUAGCACUAGUAACUACUGUAUAGAAAUGUAGUAUUUCACACAAUGCUCAGAUUAUGAGAAAAAAGAGGAUUCCUAGCCCACAAUUCCCAUCUCCAAGUUCUUCACAUUUAGAUAGUGACUUCUGAAACAGUAGCUAAAAAUACUGUCAUAGAAGGUAAGAAGGUCCCACCAAUAAUUCAAAUUCUAGUUUAGCAUUCUUACUACCAGCAGUGAACUGACUUCUUUCUCUUGUGGUGCUGAUAUUCAUGUAGAGGCAGUUAGAGAGGUGAUAUUUAAGGACUUACUAAUGAGAGGAAGAGAAAUCCAGUAUCCCAGCACAGGCUUUAGUGCUCUGAAUCUGUUCUUCUCUGGGAAAGCACUUUGUACUCCAUAGGAUUAAGUAUGGCAUUCUUAACGUGAGUAUUUACAUUUUCCUGUAUGUAUUUUUGUAUAUAGCUGUAAUUAAAAUACAAAAAAAUCCUUCCAUUAAUAUUGUUCAGAAAACAUGUAUUGUUUUUAUCCUUUGUACACCUUUGUCAGAAUCAAACUUCAUGUUAUAGUGUAACAGGUAUUGAUUCAAAAGAGGUUUUGAAUUUAAAAAAAGCAUUCAAAUGGAAACAGCAAUAGUGGGAUUGAGGAAACAGAUGAAACAAAUGUCAGAACGUUAUAUUGUAUGUCAUGUACCCUUAUCACAUAGGAUUUAAGAAAUUUAAAACAACAGAAAGCAGGAUAAUUUUGAGUCCAAGACUAAAUAUACACUGUUUUCCUAGGCUCUUAGAGUGGAUAUUUUUCAUAUUGGUUGAAAAUUAAAUUGACUGGUUUUCCAUUGUUUCCCCUUAUACUUCCUCUAAAUAGUGAGGCACCCCCUCCCCCAUUCCUAUCCCCUAGUUAAAGCUGCAGACUAAAGUACUAUAGCGUAACUAAAUUCAUGUACUGGGGGCUAAUGAUUUGAGUUUUUCAAAACUUAUUCAGAUCUGAUGUUACUUGAAGUGCUAUAAGCAGUAUAAGAGGAGCUUGGUGUAGUGGUUAAGGCAUCAGGCUAGAAACUGGGAGACUGUGAGUUUUAGUCCUGGCUUAAGAACAAAG